AUGGACAGUGUAAAUGUCGAAAGUCAAGAGACUCAAAAUGAAAUUAUGCCACUAGGAACACAUAAUGCUCGACGUCAGCGUCAAAAAUUACAGUUUUCACAAGACAAAGAACAACUUCAACAAGAAGAAAAAUCACCAUCAUCUUUGAAACCCUCUAGACGAGCUACUCGUUUUUUAUCAAUUUAUGAUCCAUCUCUACAAUUGCCAAGUGCAAAUAUUAUUCAAUUACAAAAAUUACAUAAACAAAUUACCAAUAAUAACAAUUUAUCAAUCUCAGAAGAAAUAACUGAUGAACUACUUGAUAAAAUACCAUUUCAAAUCGAAAUAAUUUCUGAACGACAAGAUGAUUUUAUUGGAGAGGAAAGUUCAUUGACAAAAAAUCAUCAACAUCAGAAAAAACCUAUGGAAAUACCGAAAGUUAUACCAAGCGGUUUGAGUGAAGAACGUCGUUUAGAAAUCAUUGAAGAGAUUCUUAAAGAUUUCAAUAAAAAAAAUGUACUUGAUGAAAUUCGUCGAGCAAAUGCCAUUCCAUUUCGAUUACCAAAAAAUAAUCAACUACAAAAAAAUGUAGCUGAACGAAUCCGAGAUUUAACUGGAAGUGAAAUAGUUAUGCUUAAUGAUCAUAUUUAUAUGAAAAAUUUAUGUCAACGUAUUGAUGAAGAAUAUAAAAAAGAACUUGAAAAAAAUUUAAAGCGACUUGAAUCAAAUGAAAAACGUUGA